AUAUUUUAGGACCCACAAUGGCAUCGUCAUGAAGUAACCUACCGGGAAGGCAAACUGCGUUGAAGAGAUGCUCACUUGCGAUAUUUUUUGUUUCUAAUACAAUUCGAAAGAGGGAAGUCAAGGACUCUGACUUUCAAGUUGCAACUUCCUAAAAAUUUCCUGGCAGUUCUUUUUCCUCUCUAGCCCUGUCUUUCAAUCUUGACCGGGUUCAGAAUAUUUCGCGCCCUCUAUAAACUGAUAAAGGAGCACACUUUUAAGGUUUUUAGUGAAAGAGCAAUUUGCAAGCAUCAUCUAUUCCCACCAAAAGAAAAGUAAAGUUGAGAUCUUCCUGUUGGAGAAAGGACAAUGAGCUGCUUCGGCUGUUGUAAAGAAAAUGAUAUGCAUAGAGCUGCUAAUACUAAACAGUUCGUGGGAAAUAAUUCAACAGGCAUUAAUCAUAGUUAUCUGGCCAAGGAAUCUGUGCCAAAAGAUACACGGCCUGUAACUAUGCAACCUAUCGCUGUCCCUGCCAUUCCGCUAAAUGAGUUGAAGGAUAUUACAGAUAAUUUUGGUACAAAGGCCUUAAUUGGCGAGGGCUCAUAUGGAAAAGUAUAUCAUGGUGUCCUAGCUAGUGAGCAGGCUGCAGCCAUAAAGAAGUUAGAUUCCAGCAAACAACCUGCCCAAGAAUUUCUAGCGCAGGUCUCCAUGGUAUCAAGACUAAAACAUGAAAAUGUUGUUGAACUUCUUGGUUAUUGUGUUGACGGUACUCUCCGUAUCCUUGCAUACGAGUAUGCUCCUAAUGGUUCUCUUCACGAUAUACUUCAUGGACAAAAAGGUGUCAAAGGAGCACAACCAGGCCCAGUUCUGUCAUGGGCACAAAGAGUUAAAAUUGCUGUUGGGGCGGCAAGGGGACUUGAAUAUCUACAUGAACAGGCAAAAACUCAUAUCAUCCAUUGUGAUAUCAAGUCCAGCAAUAUACUGUUAUUUGAUGAUGAUGUUGCAAAGAUGUCUGAUUUUGAUUUAUCAAAUCAAGCACCUGAUAUGGUUGCACGUCUUCAUUCCACUCGUGUUCUCGGAACAUUUGGUUAUCAUGCACCUGAAUAUGUGAUGACUGGAAAUCUGAGUUCAAGGAGUGAUGUUUACAGCUUUGGUGUUGUCCUGCUUGAACUCUUGACUGGUCGUAAACCUGUUGAUCACACGCUACCACGUGGACAGCAGAGCCUUGUGACAUGGGCAACACCAAAACUCCAUGAAGAUAAGGUGAAUCAAUGUGUUGAUGCCAGACUCAGUGGAGAAUAUCCUUCCAAGGCAGUCGCAAAGAUGGCUGCCGUUGCUGCCUUGUGUGUGCAAUAUGAAGCUGAUUUUCGGCCAAAUAUGAGCAUUGUAGUUACAGCUCUACAGCCUCUAUUGAACACACGGUCCGGGACUCCAGUUGCAAAACCGAUCUUGUGAAUUCUUCCUUGACGCCUUGAUCUUCCUUGCAGGGUACGUUGUUGAAAUUUGUGUUGUAUACAGGGUGUUUCGAGUCCAAUUUCAUUGUAUGGUAACUUUUAUUUGGUGAAGCUUACUUGACCUUUGUUUGUAAUCUACGUAAUGUUUCUGACUCCUAGAGUUUUAAGUCUCUGAGAAAUUGAGAAUGUUACCUUGCA